UCCGCUCGCGAUCCUCUCGGAGUGCACACGCGUCUGUUUGUGUGAAGUGCCACUUAGUGCUGUGACAUUUGUUUUGUGUUGUUGCAUCGGGCCCUCUAAUCACGAGUUCCGAUGCACCAGUGAGCGGCUGCAGAGUGUACAGCCUCAGUCAUGUUCGGCGGCGGCAGCGGCGGCUCGUACAGCGGCGAGUGCGGCGAGGGCUACGGGCUGGGCUACGUGGGCAACGGGCGCCUGCAGCAGUACGCCGCACACUUCGCGCCGCACCAGACCUGGCACCACGCGCCGCACCACGACACUUACGGUGGAGGCAGCGUGGGCGGCGUGGGGUCGGUGGCCGGCGGCCUGUACGGACAGAACAUGGUGAUGGGGUCCUGGUGCGCGCCCUACGACGCGCUGCAGCGCCCGCCCGCCUACGAUGGCGUGCUGGAGCCGUACGAGGAGGGGCGCGAGUGCGUCAACUGCGGCGCCAACAACACGCCGCUGUGGCGGCGCGACUCCACGGGCCACUACCUGUGCAACGCGUGCGGCCUGUACCACAAGAUCAACGGAGUUAACCGCCCGCUCGUUAAACCCAGCAAGAGGCUGUCGGCGGCGCGGCGGCACGGCCAGUGCUGCACCAACUGCGGCUCGCGCAACACCACACUGUGGCGCCGCAACAACGACGGCGAGCCCGUGUGUAACGCGUGCGGCCUCUACUACAAGCUGCAUGGGAUUAACCGACCGCUGGCGAUGAGGAAGGAUGGCAUUCAAACCAGGAAGAGAAAGCCCAAAAAGUCAGCAAACGGCACGAAACCGCCGCAGGACGCGCCUAAGAAGGACGGACAAGGCUCUCCCAGCAUGGACGAUAGCAAAUCGAGCAUAGCCGAAAUGCCGCUGCCUCUCACGGCGUCCAUGUCGCACUCGAAGAGCCCGCGCGAGGCGCUGCCGCAGAGCAGCGCGUCGCCGCACGCACACACGCACGCGCACGCACACGCGCACGCGCAUGCCCACGCCCACACGCACGGGCACGCGCACGCGCAGGCGCAGUACCCGCUUGCGAUCCCGUCCAGCACGGCGUUCCUGUCCACGCCGUCGCUGUUCAACAUCAAGAGCGAGCCCAGCGCGGCGGCCGGCUACGAGGGCUAUUCGCACUCCGCCAACGGGCCCUACCACUCGCAGCAGCACUACCUGCACGCGCUGCAGUAUGGGCUGGGUAACGGCGAAGAGGAGGAAGGCAGCGGGUUCCUGCACCAGCGCAACGUGACCGCACACGCCAAGCUCAUGGCGUCCACGUAGCAGCGCGGCGCACGUCACUACGUAUACGCAUUGAGUAGUCAAUUCAGGCAGGAUGCACAUUGAUAGCCGAAAAAAUUCCUGAAGUCGAGAGUCGCGACAGAAUUUAUAUUUAUUGACUGCGUCUAUUCAACCCCUUCGAGCCGUUCGAAUUAAAUUAACUUAAUCGGCUCAUCCAAUCAAAUGUCAAAAGCAUAUUCAUGAUAUGUCCUUGACUGAAGUAGUUUAGCCGUAUACUUUAGUUUAAAUUUAGUUUAAAAUAUAAACAGUAACAGAAACUGAACUUUGAAGUGUGAAUUUGUCCAUUUCACCGAUCAUCGUCACCAUAAAUGAAGUACAUUUACGAUUUUAAAACCAGUUACUAUAAUUCCAGAACGCGACAUACAAACGUACCUUACCUAUAUUUAAUGUUUGUAUGUAUUGAAAAAAAAAGAAUAAAUAGGUACCGUGCAAAUAUUCCCAAAAGUUGAGUAAGUUACUGAAAUAAACUUGCCAGGACAUUGUGUUCAGGCACAGCUUUGUAUGAUAUGUAAAAUUAUUCGACUGAAUAGCUGUUGUCGUUAUAUAGUUGUACUAUAAGCUCUAAUUGUAAGGUUUUCACUUUGUAACUAAUGGAUGUCAUUGUUGAACAUACCUCCGUACCGUCUGAGCGACGUUAGCUAGUGUACACCCCCGCUUAAUCAUUUCUUUUUAAAGUUCCUUUGCUUUUAACACUAGUCUAUUGAUGGUUGAUUAUCGAAAUAUAUUGAAUUAAUUUUAUCUAUUAUUAAAAUAAAUAAAUGUUAAUGGACCAACAAAUAUUGAUGUUUGUUAUCUGCUAUAGAUAAGCUCAUUAUAAAAUCGAUUGGCAUUUUAUGUUCAAACAAUAAUAAAAUAGAUGGUAAACAACAAAAUGAUUAUACUUGAUAGAAGCAUUAGUUCAUCAGUUAUAUAAUAUAAGACUUGGUGCUGUAAAUAUUUUUGGAGUGGUCCAAGCAUUCACAUAUAUCUUCCAAUUCCUUAAGUGGCACAAUGUUGGUAGGUAUAAUUAGGUUUAGUUAGAAAGCAUUUAUUACGAGAUGUACAUAGUAGUGUAAAAUAAAACGAAUGAAUAGGUACUUACAACAGUUUAUUUGUUACUAUUAUCACAGAAUUGUAUUUUACGAUCUCUCUUGUAAGUCAAAUGUUAUAUAGAGUUGGGUAAAUGUACAAAAUUACAUGAAAUACAUUUGAGCACAC